AUGGCGUCUUCAGACGCCUCGCAGAUUCUAGCCGGAAUCAAAAGCCUCAUUGCCAACCCACCCCAAGAUAAAUCCACCCGUCUGGAGCUAUACGAAGCUAUUAAAGACCUGUCAACCGUAAUUGAAGAUCCUCAUGAUACCAUUUAUCGAGUCGCUUAUGCUCCGUUGAAUUUGACUUUUGGCGUUGUUGCGAGCAAUCUCAACAUCUUUGAGCUUCUCGCAAAAAGUGAAAAACCAUUAACGGUCACUGGUCUUGCAGAUUCGCAGAAAUGCGAUCCUGUACUUAUGGGAAGAAUAUUGCGAUUUCUCGCAUCCCAGAGAUUUGUCACAGAAGUCGAUGAGGAUACUUUCACAGCAAACAAUGUCACUCAGGCUCUGAGUAAACCAGGAUUCGCCGCAGGAAUGAGACACAACUUUGAGAGUAUCCUCCCAUGUCUCGUCAAAGUCCCUCAAUUCCUGGCCGACACCAAAUACACCAACCCCUCAGACGUCAUGCACAGCGCCUUUCAACUGGGUCACCAAACCGACCUCCCAGCCUUCAUUUGGGCACUUUCCCAACCCAAAAUGAUGGAAGACUUUCAUUUGUGGAUGGCUGCGGUAUAUGGAGAUCGACCAACCACCUGGUUAGAUGCAUAUGACCUCGCAAAACACUGUGAGGGAUCUACUGACGAGGAUGUGAUUUUCGUUGAUGUUGCGGGUGGGAUUGGUCAUCAGUGCGCUUUGCUUAAAGCGAAGCUGCCGGAGUUGAAAGGAAGGGUGAUUCUUGAGGAUUUGCCGAUGGUGACUCCUCAGGCGAUUCCAACUGCUGGGGUUGAGAAUAUGGGGAUUGACAUGUGGCAGGGGCAGCCUAUUAAAGGAGCAAAGACAUAUUACAUGCGCAUGAUUCUCCACGACUAUCCAGAUGACAAGGCCACUGCGCUCUUAAAAUUGACAGCCGAAGCGAUGACAGUAGAUUCCGUGCUUGUUAUUGAUGAAUUGGUGAUCCCCAAUAAGGGAGCUCAUGGCCAUGCAACCCAAUUCGAUUUGACCAUGUUGUCGAGUUUGUCGUCGAUUGAAAGGACUGAUAAGCAAUGGGAUACCCUGCUGGAUUCUGCGGGUUUUAAGAUUCUGGAGAAGAAGCCGUACGCUCCGACUGGUGAAAGUGUUAUGGUUGUCGUGCCAAAGGCUUAG